AUGCUGCGCCGGAAAAAUGUAAAAUUCACAUGGGGUUCUGCACAACAACAAGCAUUUAUAGCUCUUAAGAUGCAUAUUCUCAAUGCAGCGCAUUAUCAGGAACAGCUACCGUUGGUUCUAGCUAUAGAUGCCUCCUCCUAUGGCAUAGGAGUCGUGCUCUUGCAUACGUACGUUGACGGUACAGAAAGGCCUAUUGCUUCUGCAUCUAAAUCUCUCGAGCAUUUUCAAUCCAACUCAUCAGUUUCCGUCGAUGACGACAUAUCGUUUACAGCGAUGGGCUAUUAUACUAAUGGCUUAUCAGUAUGUUAUGAUGUUCGGUAUCGUAAAACUACUGACCAUGGAAAUGCCGAUGCUUUAUUUCAUUAA